AGAGAAGAAAAGAAAAAACUGUUAGCUGUUCAGAUAUGGGAGACGCGUUUUGCUCUGACUGCAAAAAGCACACGGAAGUGGUUUUUGACCACUCGGCCGGUGACACCGUGUGUUCGGAGUGCGGGUUAGUGUUGGAGUCACACUCCAUCGACGAGACAUCUGAAUGGAGAACAUUCGCCAAUGAGUCGGGCGAUAACGAUCCCGUCCGUGUCGGCGGUCCCACCAACCCACUCUUGGCCGACGGCGGUUUAUCCACCGUUAUCGCUAAGCCUAACGGCACUUCUGGAGAGUUCCUCUCUUCUUCAUUGGGUCGGUGGCAGAAUCGUGGGUCGAAUUCGGAUCGCGGAUUGAUUCUUGCUUUUAAGACCAUUGCUACCAUGUCCGAUAGGUUGGGCCUUGUUGCAACGAUCAAGGAUCGAGCUAAUGAGAUAUUUAAGAAAGUGGAAGACCAGAAGUCUAGUAGAGGAAGAAAUCAGGAUGCAUUGUUGGCUGCUUGCCUAUACAUUGCUUGUCGACAAGAGGACAAGCCACGCACUGUCAAGGAAAUUUGCUCUGUUGCCAAUGGAGCUACAAAGAAAGAAAUUGGCCGAGCAAAAGAAUACAUAGUGAAAACAUUGGGAUUGGAAACUGGUCAGUCUGUGGAGAUGGGAACCAUACAUGCUGGUGACUUCAUGAGGCGUUUUUGUUCCAAUCUUGGUAUGAAUAAUCAAGCCGUUAAAGCUGCUCAAGAAUCAGUUCAGAAGUCGGAGGAGUUUGAUAUAAGGCGCAGCCCUAUAUCAAUUGCAGCAGCGGUCAUUUAUAUUAUAACACAGCUUUCGGAUGAUAAGAAGCCUCUCAGAGAUAUUUCACUUGCCACUGGAGUUGCAGAAGGGACUAUACGAAAUUCAUACAAGGAUCUUUAUCCCCAUUUGACAAAGAUAAUACCGAACUGGUAUGCUAAGGAAGAAGAUCUCAAGAACCUAUGCAGUCCUUGAAUUUGCAAAAUGGACAGCGACAGAAACACCGAAAACUUACGAAGGAAAAACAAUCAUCAAAUUGUCCGAGUUCUCGUUGGAACGCUGUGAAAAUGGUGUCUCUUUUUUUGUGGUUCCUUGUCUUACAAGCAGAGAGAGAAGUGGGGAAGAGUUGAAAUAUGGAAAAGAAGGUUUUCUGUAUCAAGUGAUGAAAUUUAUUUGAUGUUUGGAAAUUAUUCGAGGGAUUAUUGAUAAAAAGAUGUGGAUAUAGAAGUGUAUGUUAUU